AUGCCGCCUUCCUCCCGCCGCUCCACCGCCUCCGCGCGCCCCGCCCCGCCCUCGUACUCUACCCCGUCCCCGGACUCGCUCUCCUACUCGCACACGCGUCGCCUCUCGCUCCCGCGCUCGCACCGCGACCCGGCCGCCUGGUCGGCCGCCUUCUCGGACGCGGCAAAGCUCCUGCUCGCCGACUACUCCCUCUCCCGCGCCCUCUCCCGCGACCCCGACGCCUCGCUCUCCUCCGCGUCACGCCUCGCCGCCCCGUUGCUCACCACCCACGAGGCCGCCCAGUACGCGGCGUGGGAGCGCGACCCACGUAUCGUGCCCAGGGUCGACUGGAAAAAGCUCCGCACGUCUACCACCGCCACUACGUCCGCCCAGAAGGCCCGCUGGGCGGUUCUCACGCAUGCCCUGGCUACGCUGUACAAGGAACCCGGCCUCAGGCCGGAGAACUGCAAGGCCUGGGUCGAAAAGUAUCCGGACCGCAUGUCCCUACUAGUCGCCGUCCGCAAGACGGAGACCGUGCGCGGCGACGUCUCCGCCGCGAAUAAACAGGGCGGCAAGGCGAAGCGCUAUGUGCAUGAGCUGAUCGCGUGCCGGAAGGUAUUGGGGGAGGUCAGCAAGUACCGCCACGAAGUGGCCGCGGGCAUGAAAGCCAUCAAUAAGGGCAGCAUGGAGAAGGAGGAGGAGCUGACCAGGAGGAUGAGUAGACUGGAGAGGGAGAUCCCGAGGAGGGGCGGCGAGGUCUCGGACCUGUUCCGGGAGAGGGGAAGGAUGUACGAGAAGUUGCUCAAGAUGAGGAAGGAGAAGACCGAGGCGCAGUUGUCGCACGCUAGGCAACAGGCCGAGAUGAAUGUCGUCGAAGGCGCGUUGAAGGCUAGGAUGAACGGCCUGGAGAGAGGUCUGCAUCGCAGAAGCAGCGGGGCGUCGGCGAGUAGGAGGUAAGGUGGGGGCACCGGAGUUGGGGCGGGGCUUGCGUAUCGGACUGUGCGCGCGCCGGCCUUGGUUCGGAGGACCUGCAGUGAGCUGCAAUGGCUUGUUUGCGUUCCCAAGUGUUUUGCUUCCGCGUUUAGACGCAUUGUUGUCGUAGAUAUAGUGUUCGUACCUGGCGCUUUGAUUGGCUGCUUGUUCGUUGCGAGUAUGGUGCAAGCCCAUGAGUCGUUUGUUAGGGUAAAAUGGUCAAGGUGUUUGAUUGCUGGUGCCAGUGGUCCAUUUCCCAUUUCUA